CACUCAACAACCCAAGUGUGUACGGCGAGUGUGGGACGACGUGAGCGUAUUAGUUGGCUGAUAGAGAUUACACAGUUAGGCGCACAUUGCAAAGGUGCUCGGGACGAACAGGCGAACGGACGCGUAAAACGGAACGGAAACGGUCGUCCAUACGUCAAAAAAAAGGUGCUAGGCAAACGUAGAAAGCGGACGGUCGAAAAGCCAGUGUGGGUUGGUAAUCAAUUCAGAAACACGACGACGAGCAGGAAAAAAUCACAAAAUAAGUAGCAGAAAAUCAGAAGAGCAAAUACCAGUUGGAUUGCUGUUGAGAAGUUAGCAACAAUCGUGUAAAACCCUACGGUGAUUAAAUUAAAAAGUUCCGGCAAAAGCCGGUGGCAAAACGCAAAAAAUCUGUGAAAAAUUGUAAAACUGUAGACAAGGGCUUCGAAUAACAUUCAAAGCAAAUCCUUGAAAUAAAUUGCAGAGUUUCAAGUCCUUGAAAAGUGUAAUAAUUAAAGUGUAUUAGUCACAUCAAAUAACUAUGACGGCAUUUGGCUUAUUCCUCUUAUCAAUGUGGGGUUUCGGGCAGCAGAUGCCGGCGACACAAACGCAAAUAAUAUCACGCGCCAACUGGGGUGCACGUCCGUCAACGCUCGUCGAACACUUUAACGGCCCAGCGCCAUAUGUCAUCAUCCAUCAUUCGUAUAUGCCCAGCGCCUGUUACACGCGCGCCGAUUGCAUCAAGGCGAUGCGCUCCAUGCAGGACUACCAUCAGCUGCAGCGUGGCUGGAAUGACAUUGGCUAUAGUUUUGCGAUCGGGGGCGAUGGCAUGAUUUAUGUUGGACGUGGUUUCAACGUGAUUGGCGCGCAUGCGCCCAAAUACAAUGACCGUAGUGUUGGCAUCUGCAUGAUUGGCGAUUGGCGUACUGAGCUGCCACCACCACAAAUGCUUGCAGCGGCCAAAUCACUGAUUGAAUUCGGCAUGGCCAAGGGUUAUAUCGAUGCCGAAUAUAAAUUACUCGCGCAUAGGCAAGUGCGUGACACCGAAUGUCCGGGCCAGCGACUGUACGAAGAGAUUACGACGUGGCCACAUUUUGCACUCAAGCCCCAGGCUACGGAAAAUGACAUUGCCAAGUAAGCACCAGAAGUAGAGAGCGGGCUCUCUUCACACACAAUACCAAUUAUGUCGAUCAAUGCUUAGCAACCGUCGGCCGGUUGCACCACCAAAGAGUUCGCUAUUAAUUAUAAAUUUUAUUUUAAGUAGACAACUGUUGUUCAAAGCAUAGCAAAUUCACCUAACGGUUUCUCAAACAAUUGUAUUUAGUCUUAAAGCAAAAAUAAAAAAUAAUAUUAGAAAACAA